UAGUGACCACAUCACAUUAUAGGAUUUUAACUCAUACUAAAACAUAUUAAAAUACUAAUGAUUUGCAUAACUGUACUAAAAUUGUGCUUAUUUCCCCCAAAUAAAUGAUUGUGUUCCCUUUUGUCACUACCAAAACAAUGAUGACAUGUUUCGGUCAUGACUGUUUCGGUAGUGGCAAUUUUAGAUACUUUUGAGCCGCUCAAAGAUGCUAAUCAGCACAUGGUUAGCUAGCACAGUUCUGAACAGUUGUACACACACAAACACUAAAUUUGAUCAAAUAACACCCAAAAAAAACAAUGAUGUCACAACCGAAACUUUACCACGUUUCGGUUGUGACUGUUUCGGUAGUGACAAUUUUAGAUACUUUUGAGCUUAGCUCAAAGAUGCUAAUCAGCACAUGGUUAGCUAGCACAGUUCUGAACAGUUGUACACACAUAAAAACUAAAUUUUAUGGAAUAACACCCAAAAAAGUUUGCUUAAUUGCAGAAAAAAGGUGUUUGUUAGUGACGUUCCCUAAAGUUACACACAGAUUUUCAAACUUUUGAACACAUUUAACUCAAAAUUAUGGACCUAUCUACUGUGAAAGAGAGGCUAUGAGAGGGAGGGACACAGGAAUAUUUCCUGAUCAGAAAUGUAGAAGUGUGUUAAAAUCAGACUCAGACAAUGGACUCAAACACACACUGUUGCGGUAGUGACAUGAAAAUGCGGGAUGCAUUUUUUUACAUAAAGAUUCAUUAUUUAAAAAUAACUUAUUUAAAAAAACUUAACUCAAAUAUAUUUUUUAAAACGACAAUGGAAAAAAAUACAAAUAUCAUUUUCACGAGUUGAAAUCUAGGGGUUAGGGUUCGGGACAGACACCUCCCAAUUGAAAGUACCCAAUAAAUGAUAAUUUUAUAUAUAUUAAGCUUACUGAUAUUUUAAAUAUUAUUGUGGGAUUCAAUAAAUAAUAGAAGGAUCUUAGUAAAAAUCUAAGAUUUGAAUACUUAAAUGCUUUUUAAAUGUGUUUUAUGGUUGUGGGACAGCAGUUUGCACCAAUUCUCUACAAUGUACAGUAUACAGUAGAUGAGCAAAGUUGAACUCACUGAUUUAUUUAAUUCUGUAAAUCAGUGUUUACAUACUAUACAAUAUUAUACAGUAUAUUUGCUGUGCAAGCCCCACCCUGAACACCCGGUGGCAGCAAAUCCCCAAAAAUCUGACAUGGUACUACGUUAGAUCCUUCUCUCUUGUCUUUCAAUAAAUUCAACUUCACUGCCUUUAAAAAUGUGGAACAUUUAGGAGACAAAUGGCAUUGGAUGUAAUACAUAUGUUUUAUGUCUGUAUCAUGCACUAGAUAGAUGCUGCGCUCACAGAGGAAUCCACGUUUAGCGAUUCGUUUCAACCGAGUCAUUUAAAAGAAUCGAUCCAAAAGAACAAAUCGCGAAUCAGACAGGCGCUCAGUGGAGUCUUCAUGAGGAGAACAGGAGCAUCUUUACUAACUUCUGCAACCGUUUAUCAAACAUUUCCUCUCAGCUUUGUUUCAGUGACUAUCAGACUGCACAGUUUGGAAGCGUAAAAACACUUGAGGAUUAAAAACAACCGACACAAGAAGACAAUUCUGCUGUUUUACAGAGACUCGGAUACAGGAGGAUGAAUUUAUCAUACACAGUUUUUCUCCUGCUAAACGUCUUAUCACUGUACAACUGCAAUGAUGCGGCGCAAGGUUGUAUGGAUAAGCACCGAGUGAUGGGCAUCCUGCGUCAGAUGGAUAAGUUUCUUAAAGGACAGGAGAUCCGAUUCACCGAAGGGCUUCGGAUUAUGAAAUCCAAGCUCACCAACCUUCAAAACUCAGUGUCCAAGUUCCCACAAGCAGACCAGUCCUCAUCCCAGUUCUCAUGCCCACCUCUGGUGGCUCCGGCUCACGGCAGGAAGUUUGGCUCAAAAAACCUGGUGGGUCAUGAGGUCCAUUUCACAUGUUCUCAGGGAUAUCGCUUGGUGGGGCCGGGGACACGCGUGUGCCAGGAGAACGGUACCUGGAGCGGAGUCAGCGCCGUCUGUAAAGAUGUGAGUGUGUGCGGCAGUAACCCGUGUCAGAACGGCGGCACCUGUGUGGAGGCUCUUAACCAGUACAAGUGCACCUGUCCACACAACUGGAGCGGGAGUCAGUGUCAGUACCAGACGCAGACAGCCCCUCCGGAGUGGAGUGUCAUGAAUGACCCGGCUUUCAGCCGCAAGCCUCGCUGUGCAAAAGUGGACCGAGCCCAGCACUGCAGCUGUGACGCUGGCUUCCACAUGAGCGGCACCUCCGACAACAGCAUCUGUCAGGAUGUGAAUGAAUGUGAGGUGUAUAAGGCUGACCGUGGAGGGCCUCUGUGUGGCCAUGCCUGCGUAAACGUCCCGGGAUCGUACCACUGCUCCUGUCCCACCGGAUACAAGCUGCUCGCUGAUGGAAGAAGCUGUGAGGAUGUGGAUGAAUGUCUUACACAACAGCACAACUGCAGCCGUGGCACCACCUGUAUCAACACCGGAGGAGGUUUCCAGUGUGUUAACCCCGAGUGUCCGCGCUCGCACGGCAACGUCAGCUACGUCAAGACGUCACCUUUCCAGUGUGAAAGGAAUCCCUGUCCGAUGGAAAGCCGCUCCUGUCCGCUUGCUGCAAAGACCAUUUCUUACCACUACCUGUCUCUGCCGUCCAACCUGCGCACACCGGCCACCCUGUUCCGCAUGGCCACCGCAACCGCUCCGGGUCGGCCGGGUCCGGACAGCCUCCGCUUUGGCAUCGCAGGCGGAGGUGACGCCCGGAGCAUGUUCGUGAUGCAGCGCUCGGACCGUCAGACCGGAGAGCUGAUCCUCGUCCAACCCAUGCGAGGCCCACAGGAGCUCAGCGUGGAGGUGGAGAUGUCCGAGUACUCCGACCGCACCUUCCAAGCCAAACAUCUGGCACGGGUCCACCUUCUGAUUUCACCCUACGAGUUCUGAAGAGGCUGUUCGGUGUAUGAAUGUUUAGACUUAAAGAGGAAAGAAUGUUUUCCUUAUUGCUAAAGCUGAAUGAUAGAGUUGUUCUCAGAGGCUGCUCGGAUUUUGAUGUUGGGAUGGCGCAAAAAUAAAAAUAUGGAAAGUACAGUGGAAAGUCACGCUCAUAAGGAAGUGAAAUUAUUAUUUUAAGUUAAUAACUAAAGAAAAACCUGUAUGAGUUUCUUUCUUCUGUUGAGCACAAAAGAAGAUAUAAGAAUGUUGGUAACCAGACAUUUUCUGGUCCCCUUUGACUUCCAUAGUAUUUUUAAAAUGGCUCCCAUCAACUGUUUGGUUACCUACAUUUUUUGAAGUCCCCCUGUGGUGAAAAUCAAGUUUUUACUGUUGUUUAUAUGUCUAUGUGGUGUUUUUAAUAUGCUUUAAGACGAACCAUGUGCAAAAUCAUAUGUCAGCACCAUUGCUGAGUAUUUUCUCUUUACAACUGCAGCAAUCUAAAGACAGUUUCAAAAAACUGACGUCACAAUCUACCUUGUAACCAAUCACGUCAAUGUGUGGGCGGGCUUUAGCAUAUCAUUAACUGACCACGCAAAGAAGUCUCAAGAGAAGGUUAUCCUGGUAUAUUUUUCUGUUGAUAUGAAAACCAUGUAGAUUUAGCAGUAUAUAUUAUGAUGUUAUGAUGAACUAUAUGUCUUUCUCCACUGACAUUCUGAGUUGUUCAAAGCGUUUGUAAGGAUACUGAUUGUUAGACGGCAGCUGACUCUGGGAUGACGAACGGGAACAUGGUUUGUGUAACAUUAGCAACACAUUAUUAGCUGUUUGAUAACAUAAGCCAGGUUUCCAUCCAAGGAUUCUUUUGCGAAAAAAGGUUUAGCGCUUCAAAAUGUUUAGCGAUAUAGCUGAUGGAAAUGCCAUUUGUCGAUAAAAUUUCUCAAAUGUCAACACAAUCUUUUUCCCGUUUAUUUUUAGCGCAUAAAAUAAAUAUAGAUAGUUUAAAUGUCACAAAAAUGAGUUUGAAAACACUUUUUGUCGAGAAAAGGGGCUUUAACGCAAAUAAGUGUGGUGUCACGUGACGGAAUUAGCCUAUACAUGAAGCGUCCGCGUUCGUGUGUUGCUCCCGUUAAAGCAGCGUUUCUCUGAAAAUAGUGUCUUGAAAAUCUCUGCAGCUCGACAAAAAUAAGCGGGGUGUCUGUCAAAUUAAGGAAAAAUGUUGGAGUUUUCAAUGCUGACAAAAAGAAAGGUAAAAUAAAGUAGAAAUGUUACUUCUGUAUCUGAAUAAAUAAAAGUAAUGUCAUACAAUCGUGAAUCUGUUUCGAUUUCAUGAUCAGAAGCGGUUCUAGGCUACACAACAAAUGAAAAUCACAAACGUCGUUUGUAGAUAAAAUAAUUGUAUAAGCGCAAUUUAUUAAAGGUGCAAUAUGUAAAAUUUUCUGUCCGCUAGAGGUCGCUAGAGGCCUAUUCAAAAGAAAGGCGUAGCUGAUGACGCCAAGCUUGAGCGUGGAAUCUUGGGACAUGUGGUCUUCACCUCACAGCCGGUAGAAAACAAUCGGGAUAGGACUCGGGCAGAAAUCAUGUUCAUAGAUGUGAUUAUUAAUGUUACUGUAGUAUGAAGCAGAGCAGGACCGAGUGUUGUGGGAGCGGAACGAGGAGCGAUUGCGCAACACACGCCUCACGAGCGGCGGGACUUUUAUUAUGCCACAGUCGCCAGCGCCACUUUUCCGGUCAUGAGUAUGAGGUAACACAGCUCUGUUUAUCAUAUUAGAUACAUUUGAGUGUGUUGAAAAUUAUGUUAUAACGUUACUUUGUGCGUUCGCUCGGCGGCUGCCAUGAGACACUGUUACACACUGCAGUAAGAUCACUGCAGUAAGAUCGAUUUUAGAAUAUCAUAUUAAAUGCUGGAUGGAUUGUGUUGAUAAAUGAUAUGCAAUUAAUUUUAAAACGUAUUGUAUGAUGGAGAAAAUGCUGCAUCUGAUUAUGCUAUGUUAGCUGCUUCACAAAAUAGUGUUUUUCUCUGAGGCAUGGUAAAACAUGGUACUCGCAAAAAAUCAAGAAAAUUAGAUUUAAACAAUAAGACUAAACGUGUUGAGUUAUAUAACAAUAAUUAGUUUUCUGUCUAUAAAUAUAUCAAAACAGUUGUUCCCUUGUCUAAUAAAACAUGUAAUAUAUUAAAGCGUCUUUGGUGUUUCCAUGGUUUCUACAAAAUAAAACCGGAAAUCGAGGGUAACGCGGGUAUGACGCAAUUGACAGGCGACUCCUCACACGUCCCGGAGCCUUGGUUAAAAUUGCAAUUUUCUCACGAUUUACAAAUAGUUGGAAACAUUUGGGAUAUUGUAAGUACUCAAGUGAACAAAAUAUAUAACACUGGCCUAGUGGUUUUUGAAUAUUUUACUGCAAAAAUCUUACAUAUUGCACCUUUAAUAUAGAAUGUUAUCUCAAAAAAAUGAUGAAAAUAAAGUGGUUGACUCCAAAAAGCUCUAAUAAAAUUUUAGAAAUGUUAUGUGAGGAUAAGCCUCAGUUUAGCUAAUGCAGACCACUUAAAAAAAGGUAAAAAUACACAAAUAAAAUGUUUUGGUACACAGCUCCAUCUGUCUCUGGGGAAAAAAAUCAACAGCGAUUUGAUGUUUUUGAUGUUGUUGAACUCUGAAACCAGAACGAAUCCAACUUUUUUUGCAUUGAAUGCAUUUGAACAUGACUGCAUGUUCAAGGUGUUAAAGACUGUUGCAAUAUGCAAAGACUGAAUAUUUCACUUUACCAGUCUUUUUAUGGACCCUAAAAUUUUUGCAUACAGGACAAAUGAGCUGCUCUGUGUCCAAACCUGCACUUCAAAUAAAGCGAAUAAAGACGAGCUGCUCCACUUCGCUGUCAUCUUCUUAUAUUUCCUAUUAAAUAACAUUUUUUUUGUGAAAAUAUGUAGUACUAGUGAAUUUCAAUUGUCUCAUUAAUCUGUACAUUUGACAAAUAUUUGGGAUGCAAUAGAUAUAUAUACCCAAAAUUAUGUAUGGAAACGGCUCAAGGACAGAUUUUUUUUUUAGCGACAUAACAAAACUUAAGCGACAAUGCAUUUUUUUUAGGGAUGACGUCAUCACGCACACCAUUUUAUUGGUAAAAGGCCAACUGGAUGGAAACCUCUUGGAGACUAUUAUUUGCUUUGUUGAUAACAAAACCGGAUGGAAAAUUAGCUAUAGUCAAGCAAAAGGCUAAUCAUACUAAUGACCGUCAUGUGUCCGAUGUUGUAAAAAGCGAUACCAUUGUGCAGCGUUUACCCCAGUAAGUUGACCGAGUGGAUCUCUGAGCUGGCGUGAGUGAGUGGAGGCGGGGCUAAUUAGAAUAUUCAUAGUUCCGCGUAUAAUAAAUGAGGCAAGGGUGUAGAGUUACACUCAAGCUAUUUUAAUUUUUUUUAUAGGAAAAACUUUUAAAUACGUCAUUUUGGUGAUCAAAGAUGAGUUUUAAGGGACAGAACUGUUGACUACAGGGGGACUUUUUCUGUUUGUGUUCAACAGAAGAAAAACUCAAUCACAAAAAUUACACACUGACACAAACGCACAUCUCAUUCAAGAAAUACGGUAAUGGCUGAACAUGAAACAUACAGGGUUUUUUUAUGUGUUAAGCAAUAAAGGUCGAUGAAAGUGGAAAAAUAGCACAGUAAAGUGUAUUACGCACAUGUAGAAGAAAAAGAAAGACGUGGGAAAUAACAACAAGGAGAGCUUUAUGAUUGGUUAGAUCAAUCAGUAAGGAAAAGAAUGAAAGUCUAAAGACAGACACAACAGAACAGCGAGUCGUUCCUUGUUUUAAUUACCUUCUUUGGCUUCAGUAAAGUUAAUUUCAGCUUGUAAAUAUGCACUGCUGUCAGUCAAUGAGGUUUAAACUGACUGAAAUGAACAACGGCACUUCUUAAAGGAUUAGUUCACUUUCAAAUGAAAGUUAUCCCAUGAUUCACUCACCCUCAAGCCAUCCUAGGUGUAUAUGACUUUCUUCUUUCUGAUGAACACAAUCAGAGAUAGUAGCGUAAGCUUUUUGAACUGCGAGAGUUUUACACUUUACGGAAGGCGGUCUGGCGGAAGUUAAAUAUGGAUUUUUUUUUACACAAACGCAUCAGUUCACUUCAGAAGGCCUUUAUUAACCCCCGGAGAGCUGUGUGGAGCACAUGUGUAUGAUGGAUGGAUGUGGAUGGAGGCAAUUUCUUCAAACUCAAACUCGUUGAUCCCGUUCACUGCCAUUAUAAAGCUCGGAUGUGUCAGGAUAUUUAUUAAUAUUUCUCCGAUUGUGUUCGUCAGAAAGAAGAAAGUCAUAUACACCUAGGAUGGUUUGAGGGUGAGUAAAGCUUGGGCUAAUUUUCAUUUGAAAGUGAACUAAUCCUUUAACAUCUACCUACAUAAAAAAUGGCCUGUUUUUAAUUAUUGUUCCUUUUUGUUUGUUGGAUGUUUUAUAAUAAGAUCAACAAAAUCUGAUUACUCAAAAUUAUGCAUUUGAGUUUGAUAUAUUGCUGCUCAUGCUAGUGUAUAUCAGGAUUGGUAUCUAAUAUUGAAAUCAAUGGCAUAUUUCACACAUUAUUGUGUUGUAUUUCUCUGUCAUGCACACAUGUUGAACGUUUCUUAAUUAAAGUCAGAAAUUCAUUUUUCUGUGUUUUGA